AUGCUAGUAAAUAAAGGCAGGAAGCAGUCCCUGGGCGGGGGUGUGGAGGGUGUCAGCUGGCAGAAGUUGCAGGAUCGUUUUGUUGAACCAAACCCUGAAAGAGAACAAUGCAUUGUAAACAGUGAGCCUGAGAAAUGCCAGCCACCUGCUGCCGUUGGGGAUGCGAAUGCUGCCAUGACGAGGCAAGAGAGUGCGUUUUCGGAGUUCAGUGCCAUUUCUUUUGAACCAGUUGCCAAUCCAGAAUCUGCCUUUGAAUUUCGAGUCAUUUCUCCCUCAUCAGGAGGUGAAGAGGUGUUGUGUGUCCCUGAAAACGACCCUCCAGCCAGCCCCUGUUUGGAGGGCCAGUCUCUUCCCGAAGUGGCAGAUGGUGUGACACAUGUGCAAGAAAUUGAGGGGACAAGUUCUUUUGCUGGUGGGCCCGUUUUUGAGAAGGAGACCCCAAGCGAACAGAGUCUUGGGGAGCAGCGUAGCAGCCCAUGCCUGGGCCUGUUGGGUCCCAGGAGGACCGCAUCUGCUUCGAGCUCCUUCUCCGCAGAGCCACUGCGACUUGUCAGAAAGUCUGGAAGCCAUGGUCGCAGAUCUAGCCAGCUGAGUUUGUCGUUGUCGCUCAAAGACACGCCAAGGAGCAUGGCCUCACUAGGUGCGGAGAGUCCCCAGGAUUCACAGCAUGUGGGAAUGCCGCCCAGGUCACCCGUGCAGGCCAUGAAAUGA